AACAUCACCGGUUUUUCUCGGAAUUGCGUGAGGCAGAUGAAAGUAUGUGCGACUGCGAGAACUAGAAAGCCGGCACGUGGUCUGUUCGCUGAUCAACAAUAUAUUUUAUUAAAUAUCGUCCCAUCGUCCCUUGAAUAAUAAUUUAAUAUUGUAUAUUUGAUAACUAGACUCUGUUCAUUCACCAAUGUCUCUGCUGUGUUACAACAAAGGUUGCGGACAACGAUUUGACCCAGACAACAACCCAAAUGAUGCCUGUACCUUUCACCCUGGGGUUCCUGUUUUUCACGAUGCUCUUAAGGGCUGGUCCUGCUGCAAGCGACGCACCACAGACUUCUCGGACUUCCUCAGCAUUGAGGGCUGCAGCAAAGCUUGCCAUAACAAAGACAAGCCGGCAGAGGCUGUCAUGCCUGAGGUGAAGAGCUCCCAGGGGAGGAGAGAGAAAGGAGAGGAGCUGAAGCCCCGCGGUGACCCCUAUGUCAUCCAGGCCCCCAGACCACUGGAGCUGAUUCAGAGACCCAGUGGUGAUGAUCCCCUGGUCAAACUGGACCAGAAGGUGUCUGCCUCUCUAAGACAGGUUUUGGAGAAACUCCAGCAGACUGUGACCAGUCAGUCUGACAACACAGAGGAAGAAGAUGAUGAGGUGAAGAUGGGUACUUCUUGUAAAAAUGGAAGCUGCUCAAAGUCUUUCUCUGGUCCAGAAAGUAAUAAGACCAACUGUCAACACCACCCUGGAGUCCCUGUUUUCCAGCAGGGGAUGAAGUCCUGGAGCUGCUGUAGUAGGAAGACGUCCGACUUUAACUGCUUCGUGGCCCAGGAAGGCUGCACCACAGGAAGCCACCUCUGGAGGAAACCAGACCAGGGGAGGAAGGUGGCACCGUGUCGUUUUGAUUGGCACCAGACUGGCAGCCAGGUCAUCAUCUCCAUCUACGCCAAGAACGCUGUACCAGAGCUCAGCUAUGUGGAGGCCAACAGCACCAUGGUCAACAUCCGUGUGGUCUUUGAUGGAGAGAAGGAGUUUGAGCAGAAGAUUCACUUAUGGGGGGUGAUCAACGCGAGUAGCAGCCGAGUGAAUAUGAUGGCUGCUAAGAUGGAGAUCUCUUUGAGAAAGGAGGAGUCGAACACAUGGGCCCGUCUGGACCUGCCCCCCCCCACAGACAUGCCCACUGAGGAGAAGCCAGAGGGAAAGGGAUCUGUGUAGAACCAGAAAGGUAC